GCGCGAUCCAGGCCACGGGCAGUAAAACCCAGGAGCGAAUCGAACCGUCCAGCCGCAGCUCCGGCGCCGCCAUGGGAGGAGGAGAGGGAGCGCUUGCCCGUGGCUUGACCUUCCUGCAAGUUGUAUGAGAACCCGGAGAUUCCUCCUUUCUUGGGCUGUUCAUCAUUUGUUUCCAUGAGCUGAAGAGCAGCACGGCCCUGGUCUAACACCACUGUGGAAAUCUUAUGGUAAUGCUAGGCGAGCGGCAAGUGCAAGAGAAGGUGCUUCAGUAUGAGGCUUUUAUCAAUGAUGUUCUGCAAAGGGAUCUCCAGAAGGUGUUGGAGCAACGGGAUGAGGUCUAUGAAAAGAUUGCUCAGUACUUGCAGCUCAAGAACAUUAUUAAGCGAUUACAGGAGACAGGAGGCCAGGAGCUGACAACUCAAGUAGAUCUGGGCUGCCAUUUCUAUGUCAAUGCAGAAGUGCCUGACGCUUCCACCAUAUUUGUAGCAUUGGGUUAUGGGUUCUUUGUGGAGUUGACGCUUCCUGAAGCUCUAGCCUUCAUUGAGAAGAAGAACAAGCUUCUUACAGAGCUCAGCGAAACCCUCACCAAAGAUUCUGCUAGGAUCAAAGCCAAUAUCCGGAUGGUUUUAGAGGGCUUGCGUGAACUCCAAGGUCUUCAAGAUCUGCCUGAGGAGACCACAAGAGACAUCAUCCUUUAGGCACCUGCCCUCCCCUACCUAGAAGGGGAUGCUUUCAGUUUCCGAUAUCCUGGAGUUUAUUUCUUGGGCAUUUGGUGGCAGCAGGAACUGCACUUGUUGCUGGACUGACAGUUCUGAAUGGGAUGGGGUGAACAUGAGAUGUUGAAAGGUUGUGGGGUGGGAAGGAGAGCAAUUUAUCUUGGGGUGGGAUGGACUGAUUGAAUUCUCCGCCCCAUAUAUUCGCCCCGUCUUUGUUUCCCCAGGCACUGUUUCUUAGUGCAACUUUGUCUCAAUUGUAAAAAUAAUAAAGAUGGUGCAUCCCAGUC